CACAUGACAACACUGGGCUGGCCGCCUAGUGAGCCUUUCAGUUGGCUCCGCUCGCAGAGGCGGCGUGUGUGCUGCCCAACAGUUUACUGAGAGCUGGAGAGCUCCGAACUUCAAUUGUGCGGGUCUUUAAAUGAAGUCUGACCCAGGCAGGCGGCGAUCUCACUAGUGAUGGCGGAGGACGUUACCACUUUAAUGGGAGAGGACUAUUUUGAGGGUGACUCGCCCUGUUGUUCAGACACAGAAGCUUUGAGUCAAGGGGACAAAGACUACGAUGACAUCUUGGAGCUCAAUCAGUUCGAUGGGCUGCCUUAUUCCUCCAGGUUCUACAAACUGCUCAAAGAAAGAAGGGAGCUGCCGGUGUGGAAAGCAAAGUGUGAAUUUGUGGACACUUUGGCCAGAGGACAGUUUGUCGUUGUUAGAGGCUCUGCCAAAACUGGAAGGAGCUCUCAAAUUCCACAGUGGUGUGCCGAGUUCUGCCUGUCGGACAAGUUCCAGCAUGGCAUGGUGGUGUGUACGCAGAUCCACGCGCAGCAGGCCGUAGAUCUCGCCCUGAGAGUGGCCGAUGAGAUGGACGUCAACAUUGGCCACGAGGUCGGCUACAGCAUCCCUUUGGAAACCUGCUGCACCAACGACACAGUCCUCAGAUACUGCACGGAUGACAUGCUCCUGAGAGAAAUGAUGUCAGACCCUUUGCUCGAGCGCUACGGCGUGGUGGUGGUGGACCAGGCCCACCAGAGGACGGUGGCCACCGACGUGCUUCAAGGUCUGCUGAAGGACAUCGCCCUGCAGAGGCCGGAGCUCCGCGUGGUCCUCCUCACGGCCGCCGGACCGAGCCCCGAGCAGCUGGCCCACUUCGCCGGGCCCGCGGUGCCGACGAUCCACCUGGAAAGCCCCGGCGCGGGGGAGGUUGUGCACAGCAGCACGGGGGGCGGCUACUUCUGCUCCGCUCUCCGCCUCGUGCUGGAGAUACAUCACUCUGAAGAGGAGGGGGACGUGGUUGUGUUUCUGGUGACCAAGCAGGAGAUAGAUUUGGCCCGUGAAAUCCUGUGUCACGAGGGGCAAAGCUUACCCCCUGUUUUGGGUGAGCUGCUGCCCGUUGCCGUGCACCCCGGCCAGCCUGGGAAUCUGCCCAUCCUGGGUGAGGAGCAGACGGGCCGGGCCCGCAGAGUAUUCCUCACGUCCAGCCCAAAUGAAGACUUCUUCUGGGCUGUUAGGUCCAUAAGCUUCAUAAUUGAUGCCGGCCUUGAGAAAAGAUAUGUGUACAACCCCAGGAUCAGAACCAAUUCAGUCAUCAUUCAGCCGAUCAGCAUCGGUCAGGCCGAGGGUCGCAAGCAGCUGGCAGGUCCGGCAGGCAAAUGUUUUCGCCUGUACCCGAAGGACAGGCAGCUUCCUGCUGAGACACGGCCUCGUAUCGUGGAGUCUGACAUCACCUCCACCGUGCUCUUCUUGAAGAGGAUGGAGAUCGCUGGACUGGGACACUGCGACUUCAUCGACAGGCCAGAUCCUGGAGGCCUAAUGCAGGCUUUGGAGGAACUGGACUACCUUGCAGCUCUGGAUAACGACGGCAACUUGUCCGAGAUGGGCAUCAUCAUGUCCGAGCUCCCGCUGGAGCCGCAGAUGGCCAAGACCCUGCUCGCCUCCUGUGAGUUUGACUGCGUCAGCGAGGUGGUCAUCGUUGCGGCUAUGCUAACGGCCCCGACCUGCUUCGUGGUUCCCUCUGUGGAGCUGAAGCCGGAGGCGACCCAGUGCCACAUGAAGUUCCAGCAUCCAGAGGGAGAUCAUUUCACCCUCAUCAAUAUCUACAAAGCCUUUAAGCAGUGCCAGCAGGAUGCACGCUGUAACGUGGAGAAGUGGUGUCAGGACCUGUAUCUGAACCACGCCGCUCUCCUGAUGGCCGACGCUCUCCGCGCUGAGCUCACCGACACCCUGAAGAGGAUCGAGCUGCCCAUCUCGGUGCCCGCCUUCGGAUCCCGAACCAACACCGUCAACAUCAAGAGAGCUCUCCUGGCUGGCUUCUUCAUGCAGGUGGCGCGGGACGUGGAUGGAUCAGGGAACUACUUCAUUCUGACCCAUAAGCACGUGGCACAGAUCCACCCUUUGUCCGGCUACGGGCCCAAGAGCCCCAAGCUGGGCCUUCCGGACUGGGUCCUGUUCCACGAGCACACCUUCUCCGAGGACAACUGCCUCCGCACCGUAACCCACAUAACACCGGAGGAGUUCAUCCAGAUGGCGCCGCAGUACUUUUUCUUCAACUUACCGCCCAGCGAGAGCAAAGACAUCCUCCGAAAUAUUUUGAACCACGAAGCGUCUCAGCGCAAGGAGGAGAACCAGAGUUCUCCGGAGGACCCUCAGACGUCCGACCGCUGUGCUAUACAGUGACUGACUCACUGCUCCUAAUGGUGGUGGUCAUCAUCCAGAAAGAACUAUUGCACUAUAUUGUACAGAAGCACACUGGAUUUUUUUUUUUUUUUUUUAGCAACCUUAUCUUUCAUCUGUAUCUCACAUUUUUAUCAAAAUAUCAUGUCCUGUAUUUAUCUUUGGAUAGUUUUACAAAGUGUACUAAUAUAUGAAAGAAAACCAGUUCCAAUUCA